AUGUUUUUCCCGGUGAGACCUAACAGCGUAAAGAGCCGGAAGCCGAAGUCCUCCUCCACUUCCAACAACAAACAUCAGCAGCAACCAGCGAAGCGUUCGUCCCAAGGACGGACCUCCCGCACGUCAACCAAGGAAACCGAGCCCGAAGAAUCCACGGCUCGCUCCUCCACCUCCUCGACCUCCCACAGCGCUCCCCCCCGCCGGUCCUCUAUGCCAGGCCUCGACGCCGCGAGCCGGUUGGGAACAGCCUCGUUCCUGGAAUCGAGAUCCAGCCUCCCAUACCCUACCUUCUCGAAAGCGCACAGCAAAGAGGAUGUCCGCCACCGCGAUAUCCCCACACCAGACCCGACCGACCUGACAGACCACAAGGAUAAUGGGGAGGCCAAUGGGACGAGUCACAACCGCACCGAGAACCACCAUGCCCCUCCCAGUCCACCCCUGACUGGUCUGGAUCAAGAGUCAUCUCAGAGGGGCACUGCAGUCGGCAGGGAGGAUGAUAAAGAGUCAGAAAAGCCGAAGACGAAGAAGACAAACAUAAAGAUCAGGACCGAGAUUAACAGGUCGUCGUCGAGCCUCCGAUCGAAGAAGGAUGAAUCAACCAAGUCCAGCAAAACGGCGCGGGCGGACACUCCCAAGUCGAAGUCGUCCAAGACCGAGAAGGAAGCGUCGUCGCCUCGAGCCAGCCACAAGCCAUCGAAGACGAAGCUCUCCGAUGAGAAGAAGCUACCUAAACGAUCGAGCCGCUCUACGAUGUCGCCCUCGCAGUCAACGGUCCGCGAUGCAGGUGCAGAGUCGGCUCCUGGAUCUGAUGUCACUUCCAUUGCUCCCAACCAACAAUAUACUGCAUCUCGAAAACCGAUGACCCCGCCCAUAAAACCUCCCUCUCGCAAUCAGACGCGGUCUGCUGCGUCCCACCGCCGCACUCCCAGCGACGACUCACUCGAUUAUGGGAGACCCGUCAUGCCCGGUCAAGGAUUCGAUGCGCCGCCGCCGCCUCCGCCCCCACCGGAGGUGCCCGUCUCCAUCCCAAGGGUAGACUACUUACUUCAACAUGGCGGACUAGAUCAUCGGGUCCCGCGAACAUUACUUACCGGGCCAGCUACGUCCGAUCCCUUCUCCCAGUCAGCAACUCAGCCUCAGCUGGCGGCUGCCAAGGUUUUCGAUCCGUUCAAUAACCUUCUCGAUAACUACCAAAAGGUGAUGAGCAAAAGUGGGUCUUUGGCUGUGGCGACAGGUUAUCGUUCAGUGGCACGCCGACUUCUCGACCGUCUGGAGGCUGUUUUCGCACGUGAUAUUUCAUCGGAGCCAUGCAAUUGCCUUAUGUGCGAGCGUGAAGCUAUGGAGAAUCGCCCGGAGGGAGUCAGCUGGGGAGAGGUGUUGGAACUGGUGUCUGGUCGCCGAGAGUUACCUAUGUGGCCGCCUUUUAUGAUGGUUGCAUCCACGGUGGAGGCCAGAGUGCCUGGUGAAGAGCACAUUCCUAUGCAGAAGCUCGACGUCGAUGUUCCUGAAGAAUACCGUGAUCAUUUUAUUCGUCAAUCUCGCAAAACCAAGGUCGCGGUGGACAAAUGGCUCUCUGAGCAGACAGAUUCCGCGAGCAGCGCGCCAGAAGAAGUGGACGAUGAGACCCUGACUUUUGCAAUGCUCACACAUCUUGAAUCUCACCACCGCUCGCUGUUUUGCGCUUUGCUUGGCAUCAACUCCUCGACUCCUGUCCCGCGAUCUGGUGAGGAGAAACCCCGACAGCGACCCUCGCCGCUUAUUUCGUCAUCUCUGGCAAUCCAGCGUCUGUACCGCCUACCAUCUCUCCCGCGCGACCCGGAGACCGCCAUGUUCAUGCUGAAUAACCCUGGCCUGCAUCACGUCUUGGCAACCCUUGCCGCCAUCACUGAUGACGAAUGGGAAAUUCUUAUAUCCGGUCGCUUUGAUGGUUUCCUCCGCAGUGGUGUCGAAGAUGCCAUGACCCCUACCCAUCCUCGACGGAGUGGCAGUUGCUCUACUACGCCCUUUAGCACGGGAGGAAUCUCGCGCGGACCGACGCCGAACUACAUGGACGGUAGCUUCCGACCAGCCAGCCAGCCCAACGGAGCUCCAUCGUCCCCCGCAUCGUUCGGAGGACCGAUCGCGUUGGAUGAGGAAACUGAAAUUGCUGCUCUGGCGGAAAUCGAACGCGACAUCUUCCUCGGCAUGGAGGCACUGGAAGAUGCUUUCGAGGCGCUCCACCUCAAAGCCGAAGUUGUCCGCCGAGCGCUGCGCGAACGUGGCGCGGGACUGUCCGUCGCGAACCAAAGUCGACGCGGAUCUUACGUUGAAGCACGUCUGGGAACGCCGGCCUCGGGUGUACAUGCAUGGGAGAGCGGCACGGAAGAUGAUUUCCUGGAUGAUGACCGCUCCUUAGCCCCGGAUGACUCUGCCAGUAAUAUCAGCUCCAACCGUCGGCGCCGACCUAAGAGGCGCACGGAGCGCCGGACACCUGCUCCGGUAGAGGAAGAAGACGAGGAAGAGGCGCCGGUGCAGUCUAGUCGCCGUGACAGCCGAAACUUGCGGCGGAGGUAA